AAAGAGAUGUUGAAGGAUGAGUUUGAUUUCAAUGCUUCGUUUUAGCCUGAGAAUAACAGGACUUUAUAAACUUGGGCAGUUUUCCUCUCAUUUCUGAACAAGCAGAAGGUUCCUGGCCCCAAACUGUUAUUUGUCGCUACAUUUAAAGGGGCAAGAAAGAUGUUUUUUUCUGGAGUCCUCAAUUAAGCUAUGAGUAAAUCCCCCCUUUUAGUAGACAGCGGAACUCCGCCCUCCACUUUUUCUUGUUACGUUACUGUAGGAAGUUAGCACAUUACUUUCGUUUUUCCUAGGCUUUCGUAUACUUCGUCUUGAGCGGUUGCCGUAAUUUAACUGUGGCAACACUUCCAGCAAGAAUGGCCAGUGGAACCAUAGUUGUCAUCCCCUCUAAUGGAGCAAACAUAAUCCAAAUGGCCCCUGGAUUGUCCGGUGUUGCUCUUCAGGCAUCUGGAGCAAUUCCAUAUCCUCAGUAUGGAGCUCAGCAACUUGGAAUUUCCACCAAUGCUCCUCAACAAGUUCCACAAAAGCGUCCUUUGGAGAGAUUCUUCAAUGCUGAGCCCAAAGUGCUUGGGGCCAUCCAGAUCGUGAUUGGGCUGAUCCACAUAGGCUUUGGGGCUAUCUCACUUUGUCUCAUUCCUUCUAACUAUCUUAACUUGUCUGGAAUUGGAGGUUACCCCUUUUGGGGAGGGAUAUUUUUCAUUUCUUCUGGAUCACUAUGUGUAUCAGCUGCGAACCGUCAAAAUCGUGCUUUGGUGAAAUCUAGUGUAGGAUUGAACAUCACAAGUGCUGUAAUGGCAUUAACUGGUAUCAUCCUGUACCUGUGUGAGAUGAUCUUCAAUAGUGCUUUUAUGAGAUAUUACCAUUACUAUGACAAUGACAGUUUACUUGAUGUUAUAGGGAGUCUACAGAAUAUCAGUGUUGGCCUCUCCAGUGUGUUGCUCUUGUUCAGCCUGCUGGAAUUUUGCAUCGCUGUUUCCCUGGCUCAUUUCGGCUGCCAGGCAACUUGCUAUAGUGAUGCCCAGCCAACGGUGCUUUUUGUGCCUUACCAAGUCAUCGGAGGUGGAGAAGUUGCAGCUGAACCAAAUAAUCCUCCACCAACUUAUGAUAACGUGAUUACCAAAUCUCAGUAAAACAAGAACACCAGGAAGGAAAUCUGAGAAUUGUUGGCAACAGGGGUUUCAGGAGUAGCAAUCCCAUGACCAUGUUUUUUUCAAGUCUGUUGUAACUUUGAAUGGUUACUAAAUGUCCAGUUGUAAUUUGAGAACUACAGCAACAUAAAGAGCAGCUACUAAAACUAUAUUUAUUGACAUAAACGCAGAGGUUUAAUAGCAAUGUAGUUAUACGGAUAGUCCUUGUUUGGCAACCACACUUGAAAUUGUCAAUCAUUAAGCAAAGUGGUUUCUAAGUGAAACCACGACUGUAUUUAUGUUCUUCAGCUUUCCUUUGCUUUACCAACCCUUAAAGGCGGUAAAUGUGAGGCUUGGUUGCUUUUCCAUCUUUGGUGUAAUUGUGAACUCUUUUUUAAUUAAGUUUUUUUAAUUUUUAAAUGUGUAUGUAUAUUAAAUACAUGAGCAGUAUCACUUCUGGGUAUUCGUUUUGAUACCCAACAAUAAUAAUAAAAUUAACAAUUGUGAUCACCUACAUUAAUCAUACUCCCAUCUUUCUAAUCACAUUAUAUAGAAUACAGUCAUCUUUCAACUUCCUCUCCUUUCUUGUAACUGCUGAUUUUAACAUGUUAUGUAACAACAUUUAUCGUAAUAUUUCCCCCAUCUAAUUUCUACCAUUGUAACAUUAUAAGUAUACAAUUAAAAUUGUUGACAUUAUAAUAUUUACUCCACCUUGUGCAUAAUUCCUCAUUUGGUUAUUCAAUAUCUUACUCAAUGUUAAUAACCAAAAUAACCUUAAUAAUAUUACUAUUGUAAUUAUUAUUACAACAGAGACAUUUUUCAACUUCUGAUCCUUCCCUUUACAUAUUAAUUUUAAAACUUUAUAUACAAGUAUACAUAACAAUAUUUUCCUCUUUCUAAUUCCUACCUCUAUUCUAAAUUUUAAUAACACUUAUCUUAUAUCGGUGCGUAUCCUAUUCCUACCCCUCAUCUCUCAUUCGUUUUAGUAUACCAAUUCUUACUGAUUUUUUAGCAUGCUUUCUAUAUUCCUCCUUUGAAGUCUUAUGCCUCCCUAUGUCAUUUUUUCAUGGACCAAGUAGUCUCUCUUCUACCUUUUCCCCUCACUGCCAAGACUUCACCAUAUCUAUAAGUGUCUCUGUCCUCACUUCAAGAAUGUCUUUCUGCUUUCUAUUCUCUCCUCUAUUUUCUGGGUUUCCUGUUCAUUUUUCAUUAUUAUUUGCUGAA